CAUCAAACCCCAUUAUUCCCACUCCGCGAUUUCUGUUGAUGAUCUUCCCCAUAAUAAUCAUGAUCAGUUUCAUCAGAACAAGUACUUCUCUAGCAUCAGAUUACGUUGGAGAUGACUGCCAUAACAAAACACCACAAGCUCUUACUGCUUCAUACAAAGCCAAUCUUAACCAGCUCCUCUCAUGGCUCUCCAUGGACUCCGCCACAAGCGAAGGCUACAACCAAACCACCAUCGGCAACGCCACCAACGCCGCCAUCUACGGCCUCUAUGACUGCCGUGGUGACGACCCCGGAUACCUCUGUCAGUUUUGUGUCUCAACUGCCACCAGAGAGCUUCUCCAACGCUGUCCCAAUCAACCUUCAGCUGCGAUAUGGUACAGCUACUGCAUCCUCCGAUACUCGAACGAGAACUUCUUUGGGAAGGUGACAAUGAGCCCGUUGUGGUCCAUGGAAGGAGUGAAUAAGAAGGAGUCCGAUCCAACGGAGUGGAAGAAGGCGGAGAGUUACAUAAGGAGUCUGAUUCGACGAGCAACAGAAAAGACGAAGGAGUUAAAUGCGUGGGGAGGGUUUGAUUUGGGAGGUGGAAGAAGAAGGUACGCGUUGGUACAGUGUAGUAGAGAUCUUGAGAACAAGAGUUGCAAGCAAUGUUUGGAGGCUUUGAUGAAUAACAUUACUCAAUGUUGUGAGCAGAAACAAGGAUGGCAAGUUGGGACGCCAAGCUGUAUGAUCAAAUACAACGAUUACAUGUUUUAUCAGUCAUCCAUUUCCGAUCGCAAUCCUACCACAGGCAAUGAUGGGGAUGGCAAGUCCAAAUCUUUGAUCAUAAGCGUAAGUUUAUUAGCGGCUGUGGCAAUACUAAGUUUUUCUGUCUACUUAUGGCGAAGGAAGACCAGGAAAGAUGAACGACCAUUGGAUGGCGCUCCUAUAUUUUAUGACAUCUCCCGAAGAGAGAGAUCAUUGAACUCAGACCUUCCCACAAUCCCUUUACAUGUGAUUCAACAGAGCACUCAUCACUUUUCCGAAAAUUCUAAAUUGGGAGAAGGUGGAUUUGGAGCCGUUUACAAGGGAACAUUACCGGAUGGAAAGGAAAUUGCUGUUAAAAGACUCUCACAAGCAUCAAGUCAAGGCUCAAAGGAGUUCAAAAAUGAAGUGAUAUUCAUAGCAAAAUUGCAACAUAGAAACCUUGUCAAACUCUUGGGAUGCUGCAUGGAGAAAAACGAGAAGCUACUUGUAUACGAGUACAUGCCAAAUUCCAGCCUUGACUUCCACCUUUUCAAUGAUGAAAAUAGAAAGAAACUACAUUGGAAUCUAAGAAUAAAUAUUAUUAAUGGGAUUGCAAAAGGACUUUUGUAUCUUCAUGAAGACUCUCGACUUAGAGUAGUUCAUAGAGAUUUGAAGGCUAGCAAUGUCCUUUUGGACAAUGAGAUGAAUCCUAAAAUAUCAGAUUUUGGAUUGGCAAGGACUUUUGAAGGAGCUCGAAAUGAAGGAAAUACAAAACGAAUAAUGGGUACAUAUGGUUAUAUGGCUCCAGAAUAUGCUAUGGAAGGAUUAUUUUCAGUAAAAUCAGAUGUUUUUAGUUUUGGUGUUCUUUUACUAGAAAUCAUAUGUGGAAAAAAGAUUUGCAGUUUCUAUCUUGCAGAACAUGGCCAAAGUCUCCUAAUUUAUACUUGGAAUUUGUGGUGCAAAGAUAAAUGUUUAGAAUUGAUGGACCCAAUGCUAGAAGAUUCAUAUAUAGCAACUGAAGUUUCAAAGUGCGUACACAUUGGCUUGCUUUGUGUUCAAGAAGAUCCAGACGAUAGACCAACCAUGUCUACUAUUGCAGUCAUGCUUGCAAGUGACACAAUGACAUUACCAACACCUACUCCUCCUGCAUUUUCUAGAAGAAAGUCUCUGGAAGAGUCGUCAACUUCUAGAACUUUUAACGAUGCUUCUGUUAAUGCAAUAACUGCUUCUCACAUCACGCCUAGAUGACAAUUAACCUAAUAGAGGAGAUGGAUUGAUCUUGUUCAACAACUUCGCAGCCUAGGGAGAAGAGGACUUGAGAGAGUAAUGGGACCCACUUGAUGUAUGGAUCCCACUACUUCCUUCAUCUCUUUUAGCCAGAUCAUGAAGAUUUUAGGAGGAAGCUUGAAAAAAAAAAAAGCCAUGAAGACCAAAUGAUGAUGAAUUGAAGGUUAGGUUUGGACAUAUAUAUUAGAGCAAAUCAAAUAGAUAAAUGUCUAACAGUAUUUGAGCAUUUAAUUUGCCAAGAAGAAGAGAGCAUUCUCUUCCAAAACUGUGCGUAUACGCAUGUAUGCAUGGCUUAUCACAUGUGUUAUAUUGUUGUUAAACAUUUUGAUGAAAACAUAUACAACGAAUUGUUAUAAAAUAUUAUCCUUUUA